GUUCAAAACACUGCUUAGGAAGGGGGACUAGCAUUAGCAGCUAACAUUAGUUAGCUCUCUGAGACUAAUUGUUAGCUCCAUGAAAACUACUUAAAAGUGAUAAAGAAAUGCCACAGAGAGAUCCGUGCCAAAAGCAAGCAUGUGCAAUUCAGAAGUGUUUACAAGCUAAUAAGUACGUGGAAAGCCUGUGCGAGAAGGAGAUCGCGGAGAUGCGGCGGUGCUGUCAAGUGCAUGCGGGAAACUCCAUUUGCUGCUCCGGGUUCAAAGACUCAAAACCCGCAGAGAGUAAAAGUAGCGAAUAGCUCCAUGUUGCAUGUAUCAGUAUAACAUGACAGUGGAGUUUCCUGAGUUGUUGCAUAUUUAUUUGUCGGUCUGCUACCAUCCGUUUGUUAAAUUUAAAUAGGGUUUUCUCACAGCAGACAUUUUGAUAUUGCAGAAAGCCUCAUAAGCACUCACUCCCCUGGGGCUAAAUGGCACACCUCUGGCAGCCUGGCAAAGCUGAACAAUGCAAGCUGUCUAAUGUACUUAAAUAUUAUCAUGUCGUUCUGUCCACACCCAAUGUAUUUCCCAUGCCUAGUAUGAAAUUUCAAGUAUGUGUGUGGCAAGGAGUUUUAUUCUAAUUAGUAAUAAGAAAGAUUAUUUUAACCCUGGAGAACCCAUGGGGUCAAAUUUGACCCCAUGGUUUCCCUAGAAAACCAAUGGGGUCGGCUCUGACCCCAUGGGUUCUCCAGGGUUAAAUAAGAAUUUCCCUGGAAAUCGAGACUAACUUGUUAUUCAUACAACAUCUCAGCCUACAGCGAACAUCCUACAGUGGAUAACUGUUAGGGGUGUAGAGGAGAACAUGGCAGAAAGACAAAGUUUAAUGCUAGCUGGGUAGACAAGGCUGAGGCUCUAACAGUUGUUUUUUUCCUUCUGGUAAAGAAAUAAAAUAUUUGCACUUUGAAUGAAACAAUUGGGUUAUACUUUUUUAAUUUAGGAGCAUCAUUCACCACUCAUGCAAUGAUUAGGACAAGAAAGUCAUUACAAUUUCAGAUUUGUUGAUUGAUUCAUGAUGUCAAACAUUUUCUUGAUGGAAGCAGGUAAAAGUGGAGGUGUGAAAUUAAUAAUACUCUGGUAGAUUUGUGGCUUUCAGUUAAUUCAACAACCUUAUUGA